CUGUCCGGAGCGCGGUUCCCGAUCGUUCACCCGGUCCUCAGCUCUGGCCUGGAGUGUGGAGUCUGUGUCUGUCCUUCAGCGAUUCAUCACUGUCCUAACGACGUGGUCACCUCCUCCCCACGCGGCCGGACAGCCCCGGACAGUACCGCGGAAUUAGCGUCUGCAGCCGUAAACAGGGUGUGAAAACAGCCGGCCUUAGAGAUGUCAGACAGCGCAGGUUGCGAGUUUGAAAUUGACGUGGAGAGCCUGGAGGCGGAGAACGACGACCCGGCGGACUCCUCCAGCCGCCCCGGAUCGGCGCCCCGAGACAGCAAGCCACGGAGGAUAAAAAAGGAAUCUCUGGGAAGCAAAUUCCAGCAGAGAGGAGGACGUUAUAUCAGCGACACAUCCGACCGUCUACCAUGCUCGCCAAAAGCAUUCUUGAAGGAUAUCGUCCAAUGCAGUCUGACCCUUUCCUCGUGGCCAACCCAUCUCUCCCCCCACCGCUGAGCGAUCGAAUGAGGAAGAGAAGGGCCUUUGCUGACAAGGAGCUGGAAACCGUCAUGCUGGAGCGGGAGUACAAAGAACGAGAGCUGAUGGAGAACAGCCAGGCGGCCACGGCCUCACUCAUCUUCCCUAACAGCAUGGUCCACCACGCUGCUGAGUACAGCUCCUACAAGACAGCCUACCCACCAGCAGCUCAGGUCGAGCCGCAGCCCAAAGAGCUGUGCAACUUCCUCGGCCCUAACCACAUGGAUCUGUCCAUGCAGUACCCCAGCAGCUCAGCCAACGUUGAGCUCAUCUCCUCUAACGUCAGCGUGGCCACCACGUACCGCCAUUACCCGGUGCAGCCUCCACGAGGCAGCUUCAUGAUGUGGCCCUGUGGUGCAGCCAACCUGGGUGACGCCCUGCUCUAUCAGCAGUGCCUGUUCAAUGCCACGGCAGUGCAGAACCUGAAGCCAGGUGCUGUAUGGGAGCCCAAGGUGAUGCCUGCUGAGAGCCAACUGCCAGAGCAGGAGGAUGCAGCCGCUCUUGCCGCUAAGCUGGAAGGAUCCCGAGCUGCUGGACUGCAGGAUUCAUCAGAUCCUGACCGUGCUGAUCCCAAACCCCCGGCUGUCAUCCAUAGAGGGCAGAGGGAGUGCUCAGCCUUCUCCCCCCCUAAGAGGAGCUUCGGACAAUCCUUCCCCAACAACUCUCAUUCUGAAAACUCCAGUCAAGUCUUAAACAAGCUGAGCAAGGACAGUGCUAAGCUUUCCAUGAAACUCAACUCCUUUCACUCCCUCAUCCAGCACUCACUGAGUGAAAAACCCGGCAGCAGGGCCGGGCCGGAGCUCAGGGCUCCUUACUGCAAAGAGCUCAUAGAGGAGGCCACCCGCAAAUUCAGGGAGGGCUCCACCAAGGACAUUCAGCCUGUAAAACUCACUGACAGGUACGGCAGGGAUUUUCUGUCCAAGCCUGUGGGGACCAAGAUGGCAUCCAGUGAGUCUUUGUCCUUUUCUGUAGAAUCCAUACUGAAAAGACCCACACCUGCUAUGAGUCAAGCAUUCCAUUAACUUCCAUUAAGUGUCUUUUCUUGCACUAUAAACAACAGGUUUGUCUCAGCAGGAGAGCAUUUCAAGUUGUGGUUUUGGGGUCACAUCUUAAACACACAGGCACUGC